UAAUAUUUAAUUAAACAUAAUAAAUAAUUGCAAGCAAUGGCUAUGCUAGCAGAGCCGCGUCGCCGCAAGCGUUACAACUUAAAUCCUCGUGGAAAAGCGCUGUAUGAAGAUGAUACACGUUUCGGUACUAAAAUGCUUGAGAAAAUGGGUUGGUCUAAAGGCAAAGGAUUAGGCGCCAAUGAGGAUGGCUCUAAGGAUUUUGUGCGCGUGCGUUUUAAGAAUGAUGCUGAAGGAUUGGGCUACGAAACGCGUGAUGAUCAAUGGACAGUGCAUGAGGAGGGCUUUAAUGGAUUGUUAAAGUCGUUAAAUGGUGGCGAAGUGGAGAAAGACAAUGGUAAUGCUUCCGCAUCCGAAGAGGAAUCACGUCCCAUGGGCUUUGGAUUUAAGGCAGCACCUAAAGCAGAAGAUACUCCCAAAACGCUGAAGGAAAAGAUCAGUGGAGUAUCUUUGGAAGAAAGUUCCAAGAGUAGUAAAGCGCGUGUGCACUACAAAAAGUUUACGCGUGGCAAGGACUUGUCGCGCUACAGUGAAAAGGAUUUGGCCAAUAUAUUUGGUAAGAAAGCUACAGAAGCUACCGAAGCGCCAGUGCAAGUGGUACAAGAGCCAGAGGAAGAGAAGGAAGUGAACCCAAACUUUGCUGGCGUGCAAACUCUGCAAACAGGACUCUCUGUGCAGGAUUAUUUUAAGCAAAAAAUGGAGGCUAUGAAAAACAGGCUUAAAAAUGGUACUGUUGGGACAAAGCCGUUGUUAAAUGAGGAUAAUCCUGCAGUAGAAACAAUGGCGGCAGAUGAGAACAAGGAGCCAGUAAAAAAGAAGAAGAAAAGGAAAGAUAAAGAGCUGGAGAUAGCUGAGCAAAAUGGUGAAGCUGUAGAGACGCAAACGCAGUCAACUGAUGAUAAUAAUGUGGACGAACCAGUCAAAAAGAAGAAGAACAAGAAGAGUAAGCAGCAGGAAGAUGUUAUGUUGGAAACGGAGCCAAUAGAAGAAACUACUGCCAAGAAGGAGAAGAAAAAGAAGUCUAAGCGUGCAACCGAAGAAGAGAGCACAAAGCUGGAGGAAGCGGCACUGGAGCAAGUGGAGGAUGAAAAUCCACCAAAGCGCAAGAAACACAAAAAGAACAAAGCAGCUGAAGCUGAGGAGCCACUGCCUACGCCAGAACUGCCAGAGGCAACACAAGAUGUUGAAGUUAAGAAAAAGAAGAAAUCUAAAAGCAAAGCUGCUGAAGAACCAAUGCAGCUAGAGACUGAGCAAGUUCCUGCAGAAACAGAAGAUAUGCAAGUUAAAAAAAAGAAAAAGUCGAAAAAUAAGUCAACUGUUGAGGAGCCACAACCAGAGCAUCACACCGAAUCACUGCCAGCAGAUUCACCAAAAAAAUCGAAGAAAAAGUCAAAAAAAGAAACCGAAGUAAGUGAAAAUGUUUCCUGCUCCGGCGAUAAUAGCGAUGCAUCGACAGAUGAAGAGGCUGCAGCACAGUUCUUAUCACUGGAGCAGCUAAUUGAAAAGCGUAACUUAUGUGAUUUGUAUACAAUCUCUUCAUUUUGCGCAGAAAAAUUCCACAAUGUAAAUAUGAAUGCCUUUGAGCAGUCCACCUUGCCCAAGAUACUCGGCUAUGGCAUUGAUGAGAACGUAAAACUUGACAUUGUGGAGACAAAAAACGAUGCAACGCGUAUAAUGGACUUGUGGAGUAAUAAAGUUAGCAAAUAUCGCAUACAGCCGCAGUGCCUGAAGAAAAUGAAACACAGCAAAUUUGUUACUCCAACCGCACUUAGAUCCCUAAAGCGACGAAGAGUAUUCUCAUGUGUUUAGCCAAUGUUUCCAACGCAAAGUUU